AUGGAGGCAGAGCAGCGGCCGGCCGCGGGGGCCGGCGAAGGGGCGACCCCUGGACUGGAUGUGGCACCGCCCGCUGCUCCGGCCCCUUCGACCGCGGCCUCAGGUCCGACCCCCGCGUCUGCGUCCGAGCCGAAGAGGAGGCAGCUCGGGACGCUGCUGCAGCCCACGGUCAACAAGUUCUCCCUUCGAGUGUUUGGCAGCCACAAAGCAGUGGAAAUCGAGCAGGAGCGGGUGAAGUCAGCCGGGGCCUGGAUCAUCCACCCCUACAGCGACUUCCGCUUUUACUGGGAUCUGAUCAUGCUGCUGCUGAUGGUGGGGAACCUCAUCAUCCUGCCCGUGGGCAUCACCUUCUUCAAGGAGGAGAACUCCCCACCCUGGAUCGUCUUCAAUGUCCUCUCCGACACCUUCUUCCUGCUGGACCUGGUGCUCAACUUUCGGACGGGCAUCGUGGUAGAGGAGGGCGCUGAGAUCCUGCUCGCGCCGCGGGCCAUCCGCACCCGCUACCUGCGCACCUGGUUCCUGGUCGACCUCAUCUCCUCCAUCCCCGUGGAUUACAUCUUCCUGGUGGUGGAACUGGAGCCGCGGCUGGAUGCUGAGGUCUACAAAACGGCUCGGGCCCUGCGCAUCGUCCGCUUCACUAAGAUCCUCAGCCUGCUGCGGCUGCUCCGCCUCUCCCGCCUCAUCCGCUACAUACACCAGUGGGAGGAGAUCUUUCACAUGACCUAUGACCUGGCCAGCGCCGUGGUUCGCAUCUUCAACCUCAUUGGGAUGAUGCUGCUGCUGUGUCACUGGGAUGGCUGUCUCCAGUUCCUGGUCCCCAUGCUGCAGGACUUCCCUCCCGACUGCUGGGUGUCCAUCAACCGCAUGGUGAACCACUCGUGGGGCCGCCAGUAUUCCCACGCCCUGUUCAAGGCCAUGAGCCACAUGCUGUGCAUUGGCUACGGGCAGCAGGCACCCGUAGGCAUGCCCGACGUCUGGCUCACCAUGCUCAGCAUGAUCGUGGGCGCCACGUGCUACGCCAUGUUCAUCGGUCACGCCACCGCCCUCAUCCAGUCUCUGGACUCUUCCCGGCGUCAAUACCAGGAAAAGUACAAGCAGGUGGAGCAGUACAUGUCCUUCCACAAGCUGCCAGCUGACACACGGCAGCGCAUCCAUGAAUACUACGAGCACCGCUACCAGGGCAAGAUGUUUGACGAGGAGAGCAUCCUAGGAGAGCUGAGCGAGCCGCUACGGGAGGAGAUCAUUAACUUCACCUGCCGGGGCCUGGUGGCCCACAUGCCUCUGUUCGCCCACGCCGACCCCAGCUUCGUCACCGCGGUGCUCACCAAGCUACGCUUCGAGGUCUUCCAGCCAGGGGACCUCGUGGUGCGUGAGGGCUCUGUGGGCAGGAAGAUGUACUUCAUCCAGCACGGGCUGCUCAGCGUGCUGGCACGCGGCGCCCGGGACACCCGCCUCACGGAUGGAUCCUACUUUGGAGAAAUCUGCCUCCUGACUCGGGGCCGGCGCACGGCCAGCGUGCGGGCUGACACCUACUGCCGCCUCUACUCACUCAGCGUGGACCACUUCAAUGCCGUGCUCGAGGAGUUCCCCAUGAUGCGCCGGGCCUUCGAGACCGUGGCCAUGGACCGGCUGCGCCGCAUCGGCAAGAAGAACUCCAUCCUGCAGCGGAAGCGCACCGAGCCCAGUCCGGGCAGCAGUGGUGGCAUCAUGGAGCAGCACUUGGUGCAACACGACAGGGACAUGGCUCGGGGUGUCCAGGGCCUGGCCCCGGGCACAGGAGCUCAGCUCAGCGGAAAGCCAGUGCUGUGGGAGCCCCUGGUGCACGCACCCCUGCAGGCAGCCGCCGUGACCUCCAGCGUGGCCAUCGCCCUGACUCACCAGAGGGGCCCUCUGCCCCUCUCCCCCGACUCCCCAGCUGCCCUCCUUGCACGCUCUGCUCGGCGCUCAGUAGGCUCCCCGGCCUCCCCGCUGGUGCCUGUCCGAGCUGGCCCUCUGCUGGCCCGAGGACCCUGGGCAUCCACCUCCCGCCUGCCUGCCCCUCCUGCCCGAACCCUCCACGCCAGCCUGUCGCGGGCAGGGCGCUCCCAGGUCUCUCUGCUGGGCCCUCCCCCAGGGGGAGGUGGACGUUGGCUGGGACCUCGGGGCCGCCCACUCUCAGCCUCCCAACCUUCUCUGCCUCAGCGGGCAACAGGGGAUGGCUCUCCCGGGCGCAAGGGCUCAGGAAGUGACCGCCUGCCCCCCUCGGGUCUCCUGGCCAAGCCUCCAGGGUCAGCCCAGCCCCCCAGGCCACCAGUGCCUGAGCCAGCCACCCCCCGGGGCCCCCAGCUCUCUGCCAACAUGUGAAAUUCCGGGGUACAUGGGCCUUAGCUCUCGGGGUGGUGCAAUAGUGUGUGCCUGAGGGCAAACGCCUCUUGGCACGGGCCAAGGGGCCCUGAACCACUGCCCCGUGGAGAUGCCCCCCUUCCACCAUGAAGAUGUCCUCUGUGUCCUCAGCUCGAGCCCCCUGCAGCUGUCUGACGUGUUAACCUGUGCCCCCCUCCUCAUCGUUCUGAGUGCCUGCCCCAGCUCUGUGUGUCUCCACUGCCAAGUAGAAGUGACUUGAAGCCCUCUGAUGAGGGGAUUCCCCAGCUGUGGUCCUGCCAGGUGCAGGCCCAGGCCCAGGCCCCUACCUUCAGUAAGCACAAGUACUUGCCACCACCAUCACUGCCAAGUAACCAGCCAUUCUGUUUCCCUGCCGGUGACCCUGAAGGUCCUGCCUGGCACGGUUCCGUCCUCUGUCCCCCCAGCACAGCCAGUUAACUGUGCCCCGCUGCCGCCAGCACACGUCUUGGGUGCUGAGUGUGGGUAUCUCCCCUUUGCCCUCCCACUGCCACCUGGGACCUCCCUGUCUACGCUUGUCUGCUCCCAAGCUCCCUGCCGUCCGUCUCUGUAGCAGACCCGUGUUUCUGUAAGCUGGGGCCACCUCUUCCCUGUGCCCCCUGCCCCUGUGGUGGCCCCCUUAAAGCUAAGAGGUAGCUGGCACCUCCU